AUGUUUGAAGCAAGUCGUGUCUUCAUAAAUUCUGAUAUUCAUGAGAUCAAAGAAUUCAAAGACAGAUAUCUUGAGAAGGAGUUUUCUAAAUCAUCUUCAAGUAAGCAAUCAUGCUCACAAGUGAUCUCGAAUACGGAAGAUGAGUUUCUAAAUGCUGAAGAUUUUGUUAUGAACGGUUUUAUUGCUUCUAUUGAUGUGGAGAAAAAGGUUAUCAUUGUUGGUACUGUUAUAGCUAUUUCAAAUGAUAAGCCGUGGUAUUAUUUAUCAUGCAAUGUUUGUAAGAAGCAAAUUGAAGAGAAAACUGAGUUGGUUGAAAGAGAUGAUGGCAGUUUUGACGUGUUGGAUGACAAGUCGUUUGAGUGUAUAAACCCAGAUUGUGAUGCUGUUGACAUUGUUCCUGUUCAUCGAUACAAGAUACCUCUAAGGGUUCAGGAUUCAACUGGAACCAUUUCCUGUACUUUGUUUGAUUAUGAAGCUAUUAAGCUUUUGAAAAAAACCUCGAAAGAACUGCUAGAUAUCUACUCGAAGGUUGACACUUUCACCGAAGGAUCGUUUCAAUCACUUCCAUCUGAGUUUGAUGUGUUGGUGAACAAGAAGUUUGCAUUCCAAAUAAAAAUUUCCAGUUUUAACAUUACCAACCAGGUUGAAAACUAUGGGAUUUCAAUGUUAUCUUCUGAUGAGGAUCUACUUUCUGCUUUGGAGAAAAAAUGGAAAGUUAAUGAGUUCUAA